UUUGUUAUUUUCUUAGGAGAACAUAUGAAAUUUCCAUAAGUUCAAACUUUCCAUGUAUAAACUUAAACUUUUCAUAAUUCGGUUCCAACUAGUACAAGGAUUUCUUUGUGUUUAACAUCUAUAAAUAUCCUGCCUUCUCAUGGUGGCUGGGCAUCAAUUUGUAGCAUUGUCAAGUUGGUUCGAACCCAUCGCCCUAUCAGGAACAUCGCAAUCACGAACGGUUUGCGGCGUCGGAAAGAAGACUCAUAGAGCUACGUCAUAUACGAAAACCACAAUCAAAUUGCUUCUAUAUUGUCUCAGGUCUUUGGGCGCAUCUGCAUUAUCAUGGGGGUUUGAACUCAAUUUGCAGAAUCAUCGAGUUGGUUCGAACGCAUCUCUUUCAGGUAAUUCUCUUCUUCAAUAUGAAUUUUCGUCACUUUAUUCACAGCUUUGCAUGUCUGUGGUAGAAAAUCCAUAUCUCGAUGUAGGAACAUCGAAAUCAUGAUCCGCUUGAUGUUUCGGAAACUAGACUCGUAGACCUACGUCAUACGCGGAACAUCGCAAUCACGAACGGUUUGCAGCGUCGGAAAGAAGACUCAUAGAGCUACGUCAUAUACGAAAACUACAAUCAAAUUGUUCUAGAUUGGCUCAGGUCUUUGGGCGCAUCUGUACGGCUUUAAAUUUGAACAAAUAUGAUGCACUUUCGUGAUCGCUAUACGCCGCAUCCUCAUCUAGAGAUAGUGAGCGACAAACGAAAUCCGAACGCCAAAGUCCUUGCCUUGGAGGUUGAACCUCCAGUGAUCGGUGCCUUCUCGCUUGACGGAGAGCUUUCUACGCUUCAUCUUGCUGAAUGGUCUAAAAAGGAGACCAAAGACGUCAUGAGCAACUUCUCAGGAAAAGCCACUGUUAUGGACGUCCCUUUGUUGAAGUCCGCAAUUCAUCGAGAAGUCGCGCCCACCGAAUCUUCUCAUCCUCAUGGAUGUUUCAACAACUGGAGUGUCCCGCCUUCUGGUUUCGGCAAAGUUUGCUACACACCCGGCUACUGGGAGUGGGUGGAAGAUGUUCUUCCUCGCUAUAAGGAAGUCUUGGAGCGUGUCAAAGUUUACGAUGCCAUCUACGCUUCUUUGUUCACAUAUGAUUACGAUGACAAUGUACUGCAUGCUUUUUGUGAGCUUUGGCGUCCGUCUACCAAUACGCUUUCCACUUUCGUCGGGGAGAUGUCUAUCUCGCUUUGGGACUUACGAACAAUUGCAGGACUUUCCAUUCACGGAUCUUUUUAUGAUGAAGUUGUUCCUUCGGUGAAAGAAUUGACGCAAAUGGACAAUCAGGGGAAACCAUGGCUCCCCAAGAGCUGCCUAUACUUGUUUUCAGCCUUUUACAAACUUGCCGAAGGUGACCGUCAUGAGGUGUCCAUCUAUGAUUGGGUGAAAUUUUGGUUUAGAGGACCAAGCAGGUAUGCGGAGCCUCCGCAAAAGGCGUCGAAGGGUCGUGCAACGAAGCCAAGAUUGAAUCACAAUCCUUCUGGGCAUAUUGACAUGAAUUACUUACCACGAACCGAUGAGGAGCAUGCCCCCUUCGUCGAGCUAGGAGUGGAAGAUUCACUUAGAGAUGAGACAAAUUUGUCGGCUUUCCUAACAUGUUGGCUCUGCAAGUUUGUUCUCCCCCAUAAGAAAAUUGACUAUGUGCGUGCUAGAGUUCUUAAAGUAGCGAGCUUGAUGGCUCAUGGAGAGAAAUUCUCUUUGGCAGUCCCAGUCCUUGCGAGCAUAUAUCGUGGCUUGAGAGAGAUCUCUACUUCUCCAGACUUGAAGUAGGGGAAUAUAAUUUUCCCCAUACACUAUGUAUAUGGCUGGCUAGGAGAAUAUUUUAAGACCCAUCAUCGUGCCAAUCACUCACAUCGGAGUAUACCUUUAUGCAAGAUUUCUGGCGAGAAGAUGGCCAAAUACUUCAAUUUUUCUGACGCCCGAAAGUUAUUUCAACAAGAUGAUGCCCGCCACCUCCAUCAUUUGGCGUUGCUACAAGGUAGGGAAUUAUACUUCACCGAUACUGGCGAUCUCUCAGAUUCAUGGAACGAUACUAUCAUAAGCCUUCGUUCGAGCUAUGUUACACUUAGGCAUGAUGCGGAUCUCAUCGUGGAGUCCUAUAGCCCUUAUAGGUUUAGCAGACAAUUUGGUUUUUCUCAAGACAUCCCUGGAGACCUCAUGGAGCGACCAUACGAUGGCACAUUGCUAACACUAGCACAACUUUGGAAUUCUUCAAUUCGCCUUGGAACCUCUUCAAAAGUCAUAAUUUCGGUGCGCCCAUCAGAAGGUAGUUCGCCUUUAAUGACUCGUGAGUACAUGGAAUGGUGGCUAGCCAAUCGGACAAAUCCAUCAGAAAUGAGCCCUCGAAUUAUUUCACAAAAAUCAAAGCAAGAUCAUACACCUAUGUCGUCCAAAAGAGGUCCGACUCGAAUGAAAGAAAAAUCGCAUCCUUCUUCUAAGUCCGAGGUGCAACUUAAUGAUACUCCGCAAGCUCAUGAAACUUCUUCUAAAUCCAAAACCUUGAAGGAUGUUGAAAUCCCUAUGGACAAAGGAGUUAAACGCGUCCGACUAGUCUCCAAGACAAGUGCUACGGCUCCUAAGGUGACCAACAAUACUUCCAAAAGAAGGGAGCCUUCGAGUUCAUUGGACAAGGGCGCCAAAGAAACAUGAAGUCUCGCACCAUCUUGCAACAAAAAGUCUCGCCCUUCCUCUCUUCCUAUCGAUGUUGGAAAUACCAUCGCAUCCUCUAGUUCGACGGAGAGUAAUACAAGUGGAGAUCGACAUUGGAAUCGUUUAGAAAGGAAAUCGAAGGAGUCCGACGAUCACCAUAAUGAAUUCGCUGAUUUGGACGCUAUUAGCAUUGGAUCUGAUAUCCAUCUGGAUGGGGAUCCAAACUCGAUGAUGGGCUUGGAAGAAGUAGCAGAACUAGUAAUAUUUCUUCUAUCCAUAUUUUCUGCAUUUACACUUUUUGUUUUUAAAUCUGUUUUUUUUUUGUUUUGUAGUUGGGUUUCCAGAAACUAGACGGGAUGAAUGCGGCUGAAGUUGUCGUUGAUCAGAUUACACAUCCGAAGACCUUCAGACCUUCCUCACAGCCAUUGCAACCUAGCGCGUCGAGCUUUGAUCCACAAGGGACUAUUUUCCGCUUCAAAUCAACUUUCGUCUCUGAGAUAUGGGGUGCAUUGUGCGGAUGGAUUACACAAUUUUCUUUAGGUUCCUUAGACAGCUUUAUGGUGUUGGAGGCAAGUAUUGCUUCGACUCUUGAGGAACUUAGGAAAAUCAAUAUUAUCGAUGUUUCUGCUUUGGAGGGUCUUGUCGAGAACUUCUUCAAGGCGUAUGCAGAGUAUGACUCUUUGAAAUCGUCGAAGAUGACUAAAGAAUUACACCAAGAAUCACUUUCAGAUGCACAACGGCGCCUCGAUGAUGCUAAACAAGAACAUGGAAAGCUAGAUGGGUCCAUGAAGGAGAUUCAGGCAAAUCUUGCGAAUGUGGAGAAAGACUUAGCAGCCUUGAACUCUAGGAAGGAGCAACUUAUUGCAUUCCUUGACAAACACCAAGAGGAGUGAGAUUCAUACUAUUGAAGCUAAUCAUGUGCUAUCUGAUGAAGAAGCAGAGAGACUAUCCAAGCUUGAAGAGGCAGUUGAGAAGAGGCGUCAACAAAUCCUAUGCUUCAAGCCUUUUCCGUGACUUAGAUUCUUGCUUAGGAUUUUUACUCUUUAAUUGCUUGUUAUGAUGUAGUGACAUUUCCUUCUUGAAGCAAUAAAAGUA